UUUCUACAGUCUCGAACUUUCCAUUUAGUAUUUAACAGCCAUUUUCUGCUCACGAACGUUGCGUCGUGAAACUGAAUUAUUAAAAGACGUUUAUUCUUAUUUAACACAGACAGAAUGGCAGAAGGAACAAAUGAUGAUUUGGCAACAGCCAUUCUGAAAAAGAAGGACCGUCCAAACAGAUUACUGGUAGAAGAAGCUAUAAAUGAAGACAAUUCUGUGGUUUCCCUUUCACAGGCCAAAAUGGAUGAGCUUCAGCUCUUUCGUGGUGACACAGUUCUGUUGAAGGGAAAAAGAAGGAAGGACACAGUUUGCAUUGUUCUCUCUGACGACACAGUUAGCGAUGACAAAAUCCGAAUAAACCGAUGUGUCCGUAACAAUCUGAGAGUUCGUCUGGGAGAUGUUGUCAGUAUCCAAGCUUGUCCUGAUGUAAAGUAUGGAAAAAGAAUCCACGUCCUGCCUAUUGAUGACACAGUCGAGGGACUAACUGGAAAUCUUUUUGAAGUUUAUCUGAAACCCUACUUCCUGGAAGCAUACCGACCAAUCAGAAAGGGGGACAUAUUUUUGGUGCGUGGAGGCAUGAGAGGAGUAGAGUUUAAGGUCAUAGAGACUGACCCCAACCCCUACUGCAUCGUAGCACCGGACACUGUCAUCCAUUGUGAGGGAGAACCAGUCAAAAGAGAGGAGGAAGAAGAGGCUCUGAAUGAGGUGGGAUACGAUGAUAUCGGCGGCUGCCGAAAACAACUGGCUCAGAUCAAAGAAAUGGUGGAACUCCCCCUCAGACACCCACAGCUCUUUAAGGCCAUUGGAGUAAAGCCACCCCGAGGAAUACUGCUGUAUGGUCCCCCUGGUACUGGAAAAACUCUGAUAGCCAGAGCAGUGGCCAACGAAACUGGAGCUUUCUUCUUCCUUAUUAAUGGUCCUGAAAUUAUGAGUAAAUUGGCUGGUGAGUCGGAAAGUAACCUGAGAAAGGCAUUUGAGGAGGCAGAGAAGAAUGCUCCUGCCAUCAUCUUUAUUGAUGAAUUGGAUGCCAUUGCUCCAAAGCGAGAAAAGACCCACGGAGAGGUGGAGAGAAGAAUUGUCUCUCAGCUCUUGACUUUGAUGGAUGGUCUCAAACAGAGGGCACAUGUGAUCGUCAUGGCUGCCACAAACAGGCCAAACAGUGUCGACGGAGCCCUGCGACGAUUUGGUCGAUUCGACAGAGAGGUUGACAUUGGAAUUCCUGAUGCCACUGGGCGUUUGGAAAUCCUGAGAAUUCACACAAAGAACAUGAAGCUUGCUGACGAUGUAGAUUUGGAGCAGGUGGCCCAGGAGACCCACGGGCACGUGGGAGCUGAUUUAGCCGCUCUCUGCUCUGAGGCCGCCCUUCAACAAAUCCGUGAGAAGAUGGACCUGAUUGAUCUUGAGGACGAACACAUUGAUGCCGAGGUCCUGGACUCUCUGGCCGUCACAAUGGAGGACUUCAGAUGGGCUCUGAGUAAGAGCAACCCCAGCGCUCUGAGAGAGACCUGUGUGGAGGUUCCGACUGUCACCUGGGAGGACAUCGGAGGUCUGGAGAGCGUCAAGAAGGAGCUCCAGGAGCUUGUGCAGUACCCAGUGGAACAUCCAGAGAAGUUCCUGAAGUUUGGAAUGACCCCUUCAAAAGGAGUGCUGUUCUAUGGACCACCAGGUUGUGGUAAGACUCUGCUGGCCAAGGCCAUCGCUAAUGAAUGCCAGGCCAACUUCAUCUCCAUCAAGGGCCCCGAGCUGCUGACCAUGUGGUUUGGAGAAUCAGAGGCCAAUGUGAGGGACAUCUUUGACAAGGCCCGAUCUGCCGCCCCCUGUGUGCUGUUCUUUGAUGAGCUGGACUCCAUUGCCAAGGCAAGAGGAGGAAACGCGGGAGACGGAGGUGGUGCCGCAGAUAGAGUUAUCAACCAGCUUUUGACAGAAAUGGACGGAAUGGGAGCCAAGAAAAAUGUCUUCAUCAUUGGUGCAACAAACAGACCAGACAUCAUUGACCCCGCCAUCCUGAGACCUGGUCGUCUUGAUCAGCUGAUCUACAUUCCCCUGCCUGAUGACAAGUCCAGAAUCGCCAUCCUGAAGGCCAACCUCAGAAAGUCUCCUGUGGCCAAGGAUGUAGACGUGAACUACCUGGCCAAGGUGACACACGGCUUCAGUGGAGCCGAUCUGACAGAGAUCUGUCAGCGGGCCUGUAAGCUGGCCAUCCGUCAGUCCAUCGAGGCCGAGAUCAGGAUGGAGCGUGAGAGGGACAAAGACCCCAACGCCGACAUGGAGGUGGAAGACUUUGACCCAGUUCCAGAGAUAUCUAGAGCACAUUUUGAGGAGUCCAUGAAGUUUGCUCGCCGCUCAGUCAGCGACAAUGACAUCAGAAAAUACGAAAUGUUCGCUCAAACACUACAGCAGAGUCGAGGAUUCGGUGGAAAUUUCAGGUUCCCAGGACAACAAAGUGGCAGUAACCCGCCCAGUCAAGGCCAGGGAGGGAACUUUGAUGAUGGGGACGAUGACCUGUACAGUUAAUCUGGGUCACCCCUACAGGGCGCUGGUCAGUGAUAGGAAUAUUUAUAAACCUGUGUUUUCAUAUUUGAUUCAUUUCUCAUUUUGGAAAUGCGCAAACAUAGAACAUUUUAUUGUCUGACGAUUAAUCUGAGGGACAGCUUUUUCUAUCGGUCAUCAUCAUUGUAAGUUCGUGUGCACCCGUGGAAGUACAACAUAAAUAAGUUGGAUAAAGAAGAUAUGUGUACAAUUUUGUAAUAAACCAAUAACAUGUA